AUGUAGCGUUCUCUUCUCCUUUCUAGACUAUAUAAUUUUAAUGAUUGUAGUCUUUCCCAGUAGUCAAGGUCCUUAACUUCUUCUGUUCUAGCUGUAAAGGACCUUUGUACACUCUCUAUUUGUGCAAUAUCCUUUUGAUAGUGUGGGUACCAUAUCAUAUUGCAAUAUUCAAGUGGACUACGAACAUAUGUUUUAUAAAGCAUAAUCAUGUGUUCAGCUUUCCUUGUUUUGAAGUGCCGUAACAACAUGGAUAAAUAGAUGGUGAGAGAGAAAGUGAGAGAGGGAGGGGGUUAACCACCGAUGACUUAAUAGCUGAUGCGUAAAACCCCGUGUAACUGAUACCCCGGAGUACGAUGGCACCAUGUGCCUCAUCUCCUGCCGCCUGCUGCUGCUGCUAUUGGGCAAACUUGUGGCACUGGGCAUCAUCACCAUCGCGUGCCCUCUUGCAGUUGCGAGUAGUAUAGUUGCUCGGGCAUCCUCGUAGCGAUGGGGCGGUUGACGCUGAAGAGACAAUUUUCUUCUUCUUCGCCUUCUUCAGGCACUGGGGCGGUGUUUCUCAUCUUGCUGGCAUGGAAUGCGUUGGCGGACGACGCGGACGUCGUGUUCCAGCGCAUGUACCAGACGGCGCUCGCCAAGACUUACCACCAGAGGCCGGAGGAGAUCUUGCCCCUGCUCCUGCCUGACGGGUCCUUCUCAGAUCUCAAGUACGGUGAGGACGGCUCGGAGUCCUUCAGGGCCCACGGCAGACGCCAGACUGCCCUCCUCUACCACCAGCUCCACGGCGAAGGGAACUUCUCUCAGGAGGCCGAGCGGUGCUUCAGAUACAUCACCUACAGUGCUCCGCCGAACACAGAUCCUAACUGGUGGGGCCACUUGAUAGGCGCCCCGUUGAACAUGUGGAAGGGCGCCGUCCUAGCCACGGGCAUUCUCGACCGUCGGUUGAUUCUGGAUUUCCUCGACAGGUACUGGGUAAACACAACGAUGGGUCCUGUCUGGGCCAAUGAAGAAGAAGACAGUCAUUUUGCAGGGGGCAAUUUCGGUCCCAGGGCGAUGCUGGGUGAGGUCGAGGGCCUGGUCCGAGGGACGUACAGCCAUGUCCACAAGGAAGUUGGGGUCAAGCUCCACAAGGAACUGGCCGAGAGGGACCCCUACAGAGGCAACGGAGUCAGGCCAGACGGGUGCCUCCACCAGCACAACCCCGGAGGGAACCACUCGACGGAGGAGGGGAACAUCCUCAACCACAUCCUCUGGAAUCCUUACGCGGGGGCCUACGGCAAAGAGCUACUGAGGCACGUAGGCAUGAUGAUGACGUGGUACAGCGGCACGGACCUCGACUACGACGAAGACACCAUCGAAGGGCUGUACUCGACGUACCUCGACUGCCAGCAGUGGAUUUGCAGGGGCCACAUAAUCGAGCCAACCUUGGCAGGAAGGAAGAUCACCAACGGCGAAACCAUCACCCACUACGGCGGGAAGGGGCUGAUUCACAAGACGGGCGUCUGCCUGCACAGGAUCGGUCGCCACCAAGAGGAGGUGGAGGGCGUCUUGCACCGGUACGCCAACGUGGUUCCAGACCCCGAAUACGCCCUCGUGGGCCACAGGCAUUUCUUUUACACAGAUCUGUCCGUGCACCAGAGGCGUGAGUACUAUGCCAGUGUCCGGAUCCUCUCCAACCGGACGGUUCGGCCGGAAUCGUGGGCGUCCGGAGAAAACAUCCACGGAUUCUUUCAGGCUGAUGGAUUCAUGACAGUCUUGAUCGACGGAGGAGAAUUUGGGACACGAAGGAACGAGGUCUUCCAGGUGUACGACUGGGCCCGGGUACCAUCCGUCACCAACCAGUACACAACGCACAUUCCAGGGUACGACCUGAACGCCCGCUACUCCCGGAGGUUCUUCAACGACGCCAAGUUCAGCGGGGGCGUCACCGACGGCGUCGUGGGCGUGGCCAGCAUGGUCUACAACCGCCCCUACGUCCCCCUGCGCGCCCUCAAGUCCUGGUUCUUCUUCGAUGACGUCAUUGUGGUCGUCGGCUCUGCCAUCACCCUCGAACCUGAUCAUGUGACCCGCAAGGACGUCGUCACCACGCUGACACAGAUCGUCUUCGCGGGCGAGUACACCGUCAGCACCAAGCACCAGGGAGAGCUGACACUACGCCAUGGCCAGGCGAAUUUCCAGCAGCCCUCUUGGAUCUUCCACCGGAAUGUCAGCUACGUCUUCUUGAAUGGCGACGAACGUAUGUACUCGUUGGUGGAGACACGUUCCCACGGGCGGAAGAAGUUGGACGUAUUCACGGCUUGGAUAACACACACGCCCUCCCCGGUCAACGCCACCUUGGCGUACGCCGUCCUGCCGGCGACCAGCGUCGAGAUGACGAGACGCUUCUUCGACGACCAGACGGUCCAGGUCGUCAUGCAGGACGAGAACGUCCAUGUUGUCUGCCAUCAUCCUUCCAAAACGGUGGGCGCGUCGCUGACCAGGAGCGGCGAGACGGCAGUAGUAGACUCCUGCGGGGGAGAGGGCCCUUUGGAGAUCGAGGUGGACACGCCAUGCCUGGUCCUGGCCGCCAUCGAGACGGCUCCCCGUGGGAAAUCAGGCGAGGCCAAGAUCAAGCUCUCGGUGUCCGAUCCACAGCAGGUCUUCGACCAGGUGGGCGUCUCCGUCCGCUUCGAAGGGCGCCGAGUGGAUCGGGUGGUGGGGCUGCCCCUGGAUCGCGUCCGGGGCUCCAGUGUGACGACGGUUAUCACUGUGUGAAUAAAUAAAAAGCAAACAAAAAUCGUUAUAUAUUUGAAAAAAAAAAUAUAUGCAUCGGUGAACUUGAUGUGAUAAGAGAAGGGUUACUAGUGGUGAUUUGAAAGGUACACUUACUUAAGUGCUCAUCGAAAGGUACACUUCAGUACUCGUUGAAGGGUACACUUAAGUGCUCAUUGAAAGGUACACUUAAGUGCACAUUGAGAGGUACACUUAGUGCUCAUUGAAAGGUACACUUAAGUGCUCGUUGAAAGAUAGACUUAAGUGCAUAUUGAGAGGUACACUUAAGUGCACAAUGAGAGGUACACUUAAGUGCACAAUGAAAGGUACACUUAAGUGCACAUUGAAAGGUACACAUAAGUGCUCAUUGAAAGAUACACUUUAGUGCUCAAAUGACCUUCUGUUAGUCUAGAGACCCUUCUUCCAAGAAGUUUUAAAUAUUCCGUUAGACUUUACUUUAAGGUUACUUCGUAUAAGUAAGAGGAGUCAGGGUCAGAGAUGCCUUUGUUUAAGGAAACUCUGAGAAUUUUACUGUUUUUUUUUU